AUGGUCAGAGGCAUCCUGAGUGGAAGGUCUGGCCGAGAGGGGGUGAAAGCUGUGUCGGUCUGUGACGGCAGUGGCCGGGACCGUGUGUCGGUGCAGGAAGGACCCUCGGGGGGCCGGGAUGCCAGUGGAAGUGGACCCCGACGGCGAGGGCGGCGCCCAUGCAGGAGGCUCAGGAAUCAGGCUGGCCAGUUCAUCUCUGUGGUGACCCUCUUUGAGGUGAUGGCCAGGAGGAGGAGCUCCAUACUGGCGCAGGGAGCAGCUUUGGGGGGCCAGGAUGUCAGUGGGCCAGGCACCCGCCGGCGAGGGCGGCCACCGCGGAAGCACCGCAAGAGGAAAGUAGCCAUCAGCACAGAGGUGACCCUCUUUGAGAUGGUCGCCCUGGGGAAGAACUCGGUGCAGACGGCCGUCGAGGAGUGGGUGCAGUCCUAUAAGGUGGACAGGGAGCUGGCCUUGCUGGACCUCAUCAGCUUCUUCGUCCAGUGCUGUGGCUGUGAAGGGAUGGUGACGGCCGAGCUGUACCAGAGCAACCAAGGCCAGAACGUGGUGCACAAAAUGACCGAGAAGUUUGACCAGGGGGGAUGCAGACCAGCUCCCAGCACCCUGUGCUGCAUGGGCCUGUCCUGCCGGGACGCGCUGCAGCCGGCGACGGGGGACUUGACCAGCACGUCUCGUCUGUCCUUGCAGGAGACCGGGCUGUACUACAAGAAGUUUCUGGCCUACCCCUGGAUCCUGACCAUCAUGUGGCCAGAGAAACUGGUGCAGGUCUGGGAGAUUGGGGGUCAGCCUGUGUCAGAGUGGACGUGUGACCCCCCCCCCCAGGUGCAGCAGAAUGACUUUUACCCCAUCGUGGGGCCGGGGCCCUUCUGGAAAAGGUUUCGGGUGAACUUCUGUGAGUUCACAGAGCUGCUGGUGCACCAGACGCACUCUUCGGUGCUGUGUGACGGACACCUCAUGCACACAGUGAUCUGCAUGCUCAGUGGCCUCACCAACUCCGCCGUGUACAGCCUGCGGCACACCAGCUCCCUGGCAGGUGACACGCUGCACACGGCCGUGCCCGGGCUCCUGCUGACCCUCUCUGAGUACCUGGCAGAACGGUCGCUCCUGUGGGAGGUGGAGCCCAGCACUGGGGUCACGGCCCUGGGGUCCCAACCCCAGGGUCACGGCCCGCUCUGCUGGCAGCCAUGA